CCUCCACGAACAACCUACUAACCUUACAUAUCGGCGCAAAUACAUCAGCCAAACCGUAACCAUUUGGAUCGCAAAAAUGCCAGCAUCCCCCUCGCCUUACUCGAUCGAUGUCCCCGAUGAAGUGCUUGCUCGCUUGCGCCAGAAGUUGUCGGUAGCUAACUUCCCGGAUGAAUUCGAAACCCAUGAUCAAUGGCAAUUUGGAGCGCCACUCGCUCAUGUUAAGAGACUUGCCAAGUACUGGCAGGAUGGAUUCGAUUGGAGAAGGGCUGAGGCAAAGCUCAACAAGCUGCCCAACUACAGGACGCAAAUACCCGUUGAAGGAUUUCGGCCUGUCGAUGUGCACUUUGUGCAUCAAAUGAGCGAAUCGAAGAAUGCUAUUCCUCUGCUCUUCGUUCACGGCUGGCCUGGCUCUUUCUACGAGGCUACCAAACUCUUGCCUCUUUUGAGAUCUUCAUCUCCAGCUUUCCAUGUGGUCGUACCAUCGUUGCCCAACUUCGGUUUCUCUGGGUCCGCCAAAGAGCCGGGCUUUGGAUUUGGUCAGCAUGCCGAAGUAUGCCAUAAGCUCAUGAAGCAGCUUGGUUACGAUGAGUAUGUGACUCAGGGCGGAGACUUGGGCUUUUUUAUCACCCGUGCCAUGGCAUUGCUUUAUCCAGAAUCGUGCAAAGCAAACCAUACGAAUAUGCCUAUGGCUGAAGGCCCACCAACAUUCAGCAAAAACCCGCUGCAGGCGGUACAACACAGCGUCCUCCCAUACAGUGACGCUGAGAAGCGAGGCUUCGAACGAAGCAAAUGGUUUGAGAAAGAGGGCAGCGGCUAUCGCAUACUGCAGGGCACAAAGCCGCAGACCAUUGGAUACGCACUUACCGACUCUCCCGUAGCGCUGCUCGCAUGGAUCUACGAGAAGCUUCAUGACUGGACCGACUCUUAUCUGUGGACCGACGAUGAAAUCCUUACGUGGGUUAGCAUCUAUUGGUUCUCCACCGCCGGUCCUGGUGCAAGCGUCAGAAUCUACUAUGAAGCUGCGCACGACAAUAAGCUCAGUCGGGAGUUAUUUAGCCAGUGGAUUCCUCAAGUGCCACUGGGGGUGGCACAUUUCCCGAAGGAAUUGCGGGUGCAGCCGAAGACCUGGGCACGCACUCUUGGACCGGUCGUCUACGAAAGCGAACACCAAGACGGUGGUCAUUUUGCUGCAUGGGAAAGGCCGAACACGAUUGCGUACGAUCUGAUAAAGAUGAUGGCCAAGGACGGCCCUUGCUACAAAGUCGUGCAUGGCCGGAGUGGUUAUGAUAGCUCCGGAGCUCGUGCAAAGCUGUGAAAGGGGCAUCCGAUGUUGGUUGUAGUUGACGUUGGCCAAUGGACGGCGUUGAGUACCUCGUUUGGAGAUGCAGGUUGCGCUAGUGGGGCGCUCCUGCCAUCUCUUUGACUUGCACAUCACGUCCAAUCUACUAUACUUCCAACGAAAGUCUCGUUUGGAGCUUUUGAAAACUUAACUUCACUUCAC